UUCUCCUAUCACUGCUACCGUAACCCAUUUCACAAUUCACAAACUCCCUCUGCAAUUUACCAGUGUAGUCAAGAAUAUAUACAAUCUAUAUUUCAUACAUGUACAAAUCGUGUUUAUAUAUAUGUAUCAUUGAGGGCAUGAUCAGCAGAUUGAUUAACUUCAAAUCAAGAGUGAAAUCUUUCUGCCAAACCAAACACAGAUUCUCUCGGAUUUUUUCUCUACCAAUGCCUGCCGUUCCUUGCUCUCACUUUCACUCUUUUUGAUUAAUCUGCUGAUUUUCUACGUAUUUAUUUCGAAAAUAGGAAAUCCCACCAAGAAAACCAAGGAGAAAUAUCUAGAAUCUAGGGUUUAGUCAACUGAAGUUUCUGCACUGAUUUUUUGGUUGAUGGCAUUCUUGUGAAAAAAAGAGUAUAUGGCGACUGCUGCAACUUCUAGGGGAUUUACGAUGCCGUUUAAUUUGAGGCUGAGGAGAGCUGACGUGGCGACUUUGAAUGAUAAGAAUGGGGUUUUGGAGAUGCGGAGGAAGAAGAGGAGGCUGUUGACGAGUGAUUGGGGAGUGGUUAAGUGUUGCUGUUCGGAUUCUGUUGUUCCUAUUCGGAUGGCUACAGGAUCGGGCAAUAAUGUGGAGAAGUGUGAGGACUGGAGGUUCGACAUGAAGAAGAGUCAGAAUUCUCAGGUGGUUCGGGCCCCCGCUAUGCGCUUUGCUUCUCCUCAACCUCGAUUUAUUUCAAAACAAGAUAAAUUCUUUCCUCGCUGCAGUCCAAGAAAUUCAGGUCCUCAGUCUCGUGAUUCUCCUCCUAAACGAGAUACUGGUAUUGCAAACGAGAAAGACUGGGGUAUCAGUUUGUUAAAUGAAAAUGUUAAUGAAUCUGGGACCAAUGAAGAUGGCAGUACUUGGUAUCGAGAAAGUGGGGAGGAUCUUGGAGAAAAUGGUUACCGAUGUAGAUGGACGAGAAUGGGUGGUCAGAGCAAUGACGGCACCUCAGAGUGGAAAGAAACUGUGCGUACUUACUAUUAUAUGAUGUUUCUAUGUGAAAGGUGGGUGGUGGAAGGAAGUGAAGAGAGAAAGAAAGAAACAAAGAGGUUAAAUAUGCAUUCUCCCAAUGACAUCAUGAAACUUGAAGAAGCUUUUGGCAGUUUGGUUGCUAUAGAAUUUCUUCUGAUUAAGUACAAUAACCGGACCUCUAUUUUUAGAAGUUUCGGAAGAAAAAAUGAUAUGACUUGUAAGUCAGGGAUUGGCUGGGUGGGGGAUUCAAAUUUCACCCGAGAAAAAUAUACCGUGCUGGUUAUGGAGACCAUACAAUGUGUGUUGCUUGGAAGUGAAUAUCCUUAUGACCUAUCUUUACUGCUCCAAAAGAAUGUGGAGUUGACUGGCCUUAAAGCUAAACCUGUAUUUGAAAAAGUAGCCUGCAUCAGUAAAGUAACUAUUCAAAAAGAUAUCUGCUUGAAGUUGGUUAAAAAUUUAUGCCUUCUAAACAGGUGGGAAAAAUAUGAUGCGAAAGGCUGGACUGAGAAAGGGGCACAUAAAUAUGGUAGAUUGAAUGAACAAUCAUGGUGGGAAAAAUGGGGAGAACAUUAUGAUGGGAGAGGAUCAGUCCUAAAAUGGACAGACAAAUGGGCUGAGACUGAACUUGGUACCAAGUGGGGAGACAAGUGGGAAGAAAAAUUCUUUGCUGGCAUUGGUUCACGUCAAGGGGAGACAUGGCAUGUAUCACCCCGUGGUGAAAGAUGGUCGAGGACAUGGGGUGAAGAGCACUUUGGAAAUAGCAAAGUGCACAAGUACGGUAAAAGCACAACUGGAGAAAGCUGGGAUAUUGUGGUAGAUGAAGAAACUUAUUAUGAGGCUGAUCCCCAUUAUGGAUGGGCCGAUGUUGUGGGUGAUUCGACGCAGUUGCUGUCCAUCCAACCCAGGGAAAGACCUCGUGGAAUCUACCCGAAUCUUGAUUUUGGCUCUACGCCGCCUACAGAUGAACCACCAGAUGAAUCUUCCCCGUCACAAUGAAACCGGUUUCAAUAGUUAAUGUGGUUAACAUAGGCGGUCUGAAAGAUUUUCGACAUUAUUUGAUAUUGCUGAACUUGUAUGACAGAAUGAUCUCCUGUUUGUUCAUCAUUAUGUUCAUUCUUUUGUUUUUUCUAGCAUUCAAAUUCGAAUUGGACUGUAAAGCCAUUUGUUUGUCAGCAUCAUUGGCUGAUGUUUCUGCAGUUUCGUCCUUGCUUCUAA